AUGGGAACUAAACAUUUCCUCACAGCCAUCCUCACACUCUUGGUCUUAAUCUCAUGCAACACUAUUCCAACCUCCGCCGCCACGUCAAAGAAAAACUCGACUAACUUCAUCGUGAAAUCGUGCAAAACGACGACGUACUCGUCGCUGUGCAUCAAGACGCUGGGGCCCUACGCGUCGACGGUGGGGACGAACCCCUUGAAGCUGUGCAAGGUAGCUCUGAAGGCGGCGGUGCUGGCCACCUACAACUGCUCGGCCACCGUGACGAAGCUGGCGAAGCAGAAGGGGGUGAAGAAGGCGGAGGCGAUGGCAGUGAAGGAUUGCAUCGGCGACCUCAAAGACGCUGUCACCGAGCUCAAGGACACGCUCACCGCCAUGGGCCACAUGAAGAGCGGUGACAGGGAAUUCGAGUGGGCAAAUGCAAAGACCUACGCCAGCGCCGCCAUCACCGACGCUGAGACGUGCAUCGACGACUUCCUCGAGCGGAAGGUUAAGAAGAAGAUCACUAGCUGUGUCACUGGAGUUGAGAGGCAUAUCAGCAACGCCUUGGCCCUUAUUAACCAUCUCUAUUAA